AUGCGGAUGAGACAGCACGGAUAUCUCACCAAACGCGGCAAGAACUUCGGCGGCUGGAAGGCCAGAUUCUUUGUGCUUGAUGGUCCGCAGCUGAAGUAUUACGAAACGCCUGGAGGAGCACAUCUUGGUACUAUCAAGCUGCAGAAUGCCCAGAUUGGCAAGCAGUCACACCACACGGACAGCAACUCGUCGCCAGCUCGUCCUCAGGGUGGAAAUGAGGAGAUCGACAAUCAAUAUCGCCACGCCUUCUUGAUCCUGGAGCCGAAGAAGAAGGACCCCAGCGCUGUCACUAAGCAUGUCCUUUGUGCUGAGAGUGACAGGGAGCGUGAUCAAUGGGUCGACACUCUUCUGCGAUGGAUUGACUAUCGAGAUCCUGAUGAUGAAGAUCCCAAGGAGAGCAACCGCCCUGGCUCAGGUAAUGAACGAGCCAGCGGAGCCAACGCAAAGAAGAAGAUGUACGGUCAAGCAAAGAGUCAACAGCAUCAACCACGGGACAGCGAUGAUGCUCUUAUUGGCGUUAGUUACGAGGCUACUAAGCAGGGAGACGCGCCUCAUGGGGCGCCUUCGCGACCAAAGACUUCCGGUGGAUUUGAUGAUAUUCCCCCGACAAUGAGCUCCCAGUCCGGGUAUACGAUCUCAGCACCGCGAGACCCGCAGGUCAUUUCUGACUCGUCUUCUUGGGGUUCCAAGAUGGGUAUGGGGGGCAUGGGUGGAUUGGCCCCGCCUCCCGGUCCGGACGAAAAGAAGGCCAGGAAGCGCAGCUUCUUCGGAUUUGGCCCGAAGACCAGGACUUCAAGUGAUGGGACAGACUCAUUGUUUGGUGAUGGCAAUGGUGCGGCAAGCUCUGGCAAUGUUGUGUACUCAGGUCCUGUUCGCCAGGUGUUUGGUGCUCCCCUCGCAGAAGCUGUGAGGUUCAACUCUCCAGUAGACGUUCGGGUGCCACUCCCCGCUGUCGUCUAUCGAUGCAUUCAGUAUCUCGAUGCCAAGAAUGCAAUCAACGAGGAGGGCAUUUUCCGUCUCAGCGGCUCGAACGUGGUGAUCAAGCAGCUGCGUGAGCGUUUCAACAAUGAGAGCGAUAUCAACCUGCUCACGGAUGAGCAGUACCACGAUAUCCACGCUGUUGCCUCGCUGCUAAAGCUAUACCUUCGCGAGCUGCCGACGACAAUACUCACCAGAGACCUGCAUCUUCACUUCCUGUCUGUCACUGAGCUGCCGAGUCAAGCUGAGAAGGUUGCUGCCCUCGGCGAGCUUGUCCAGAGGCUCCCUCAGGCCAAUGGUACUCUGUUGAAGUAUCUAAUCGCUUUCUUGAUCAAGAUUAUCAACAAUGCGAACGUCAAUAAGAUGACCGUCCGCAAUGUUGGCAUCGUCUUCUCUCCUACCCUCAACAUUCCUGCGCCAGUCUUUGCGAUGUUCCUUCAGAAUUACGAGGGCAUCUUCGGCAUUGAGGCCGAAGAGUAUGAGUUGCCAUCGCCCGUUUCUUUGGACGAGAGCCGACCAUCAAUUGAUAUGCCGCCUCAACCACGGCCUGUUACUUCAGGAACUCGAGAGUCACCUCAUCGACAGCGAUUGAUGGAGGCUAUUCAGGAUGGUCAGCGAACAACCCCUACACCUCCACCAGCGGCCAUGAACCCACUUCAAGGCUAUACACAGCAGUUGAGAGCAACACCUACCCCGCCACCUCAGCGCCAGUUGAGCUAUGAGCCUCAAUACCUUGCGCAGCAGAAUGUUGCCGGCUCACAUGUCUCUCUCCGACCAGCGUAUGAGAGUGGAUUUGUCGUGCCGCAGGGCUAUGACCCAACCCAGCUUCAGACACCAACGCAGCGAGUUGCGAACCCUGGCUAUGACCAGCCCAUCUACGAAAGGGGCAGUGUGAUGCCGACCGGCUACGAUCAAUCGUACGGCAUGAGGAACAACCGCCGUGAGAGUGCCAUCUUUGGUAUGGGCCUCACACCCCAAGGCUCGAGGAGCCGCCUAAGAGACGAGGCGCAAUUCUAA